CCUUUACUACUGCUGAGCCCCGCCCACUCCUGUCACAUGACCAUCUAACAGGUCCUUCGUCUACAAUCUCUUCUAUUCAGCUGAGCUCCGCCCCCUUAUGUACUGGUCACAUGAUUGUGACAUCUCACAGGUCCUACACAUCCAGCAGAUACAGAGCAGGUCCUGGACGGGCACUUCUUGAUAAAGAGAUUACAUGAGGAGGAGGACUAUCCCCUCCAGCUGACCCAGUUGUCUCCUCUUCUCCUGAAUGAUCCCCCAAGGAUGGACAAGGACAGGAAUGAGAUGACUAAGAGAAUAUUACACUUCAACUUGGAGAUCCUCCACCUGCUGACCGGAGAGGAUUACACCAUAGUGAAGAAGCCAUGGGGGGAGUGUUUGCCCCCCAGCAGCCAUCUCCAUGAGUCAGAAGGACAGAGCAGGGCCCGGGGACCCAUCACGGAGCCUCCACCUCUCUCACCGAUACAUGAGGAGAAGAUCCUAGAACUCAUCCACAGGAUCACUGAGCUGCUGACAGGAGAGGUUCCUAUAAGGUGUCAGGAUGUGGCGGUCUAUUUCUCCAUGGAGGAGUGGGAGUAUGUAGAAGGACACAAGGAUCUGUACCAGGACAUAGUCAUGAUGGAGGAUCACUGGCCCCUCACAUCACAAGAUGGAGUCAUUGAUAGAAAGCCACCCGAGAGGUGUCCCCACCCUCUGUAUUCCCAGGACUGUCCAGAGGGAAAUGUCCCAGAGAACAAUCAGGGUGAAGAUCUGAUGGAUAUUAAGGCUGAGGUUAAAGAUGAACCAGAAGAAAAGACGGAUUUCGGCACCGGUCAGCAGUAUGGAGUCAUUGAUAGAAAUCCACCCGAGAGGUGUCCCCGUCCUCUGUAUUCCCAGGACUGUCCAGAGGGAAAUGUCCCAGAGAAGCAUCAGGGGGGAGAUCUGACUAAUAAUAAAGUGGAGGAUGAAGAAGAGAGGAUGAGGGGCCAUCACCCGUGUAUGAGGGAAGUGAAGGAGGAAAUUCCAGGAGGUGUUACCCCAGAAAAUCCCAGUAAGAAUUCUGAGGGAAACUUCAUGUUAUUCCUGAAUGAUAAAAGAGAAGAUGAAGAUAUGAUGGAGCGCUCCUCAGGAAAAGACCUCCUUACCCCUAAUGUCCAUCCAGAUCUAUCCUAUAAUAAUCCACCUGAUCAUGAGGAACCUUCUCCUGACCAACCACACAUUGUUACCACAAGGACAGAGCAGAAAGGGGGGAAAAGGAUUCAAUGUGAUGAAUGUGGGAAAUUUUUUACUAGAAGAUCAGAUCUUGUUACACACAGAAAAAGUCACACAAGAAAGAAGCUGUAUGUGUUUGGAGAACGGUGUAUAACACAAUCACAUCUUAUUGUACAUAAGAGAAUUCAUACAGGAAAAAAGCCAUAUUUAUGUUCACAAUGUGAAAAAUGUUUUACAAGAAAAUCAUCUCUUGUUAUACAUAUGAGAAUUCACACAGGGGAGAUGCCUUAUUCAUGUUCAGAAUGUGGAAAAUGCUUUAAAUCUAAAUCAAGUCUUCGUAUACAUGAGAGAACUCACACUGGAGAGAAGCCACAUUCAUGUUCAGAAUGUGGAAAAUGUUUUAAAACUAAAUCAGAGCUUGUUAGACAUGAGAGAAUUCACACAGGAGAGAAGCCAUAUUCAUGUUCAGAAUGUAGUAAAUGUUUUAAAAGUAAAUCAGCGCUUGUUAUACAUGAGAGAAUUCACACUGGAGAUAAACCAUAUUCAUGUUUAGAAUGUGGUAAAUGUUUUAUAAGAAGGUCAUAUCUUGUUGAACAUGAGAGAAUUCACACAGGAGAGAAGCCAUAUUCAUGUUCAGAAUGUGGGAAAUGUUUUAUACAGAAAUCACAACUUUCUAAACAUGCGAGAAGUCACACUGGAGACUUAUAGAUGAAAUAACAAAUUAUUAAAAUCUAAUAAUAUGGAGAAUGGAAAUCUGAGAUCUCAGGUAACAGUAAAAUGUGAUGUUUCUAAGUUCUUUUUUGAGACUUAACCCUUGAAUAAACUUCAUAAUGAAUCCUAAGCAGAAGCUAAAGCCAACAUCAUCUCUUGGGGUCAUGUGACCUUUGUAGGUAAAUAAUGGUAAUGGGAAGUAAUAUGUAAUGCUGUUGUGUAUCAUUUAGUAGUGACUUGUAGCUCUACACUACAGUAUGAUUGGAUGAUUUCUAUGGAUGAUAAUGAUUGUUAAUUACUAUGUAUUACCUCAACCUCAUUUCCAUGUAUCUCAUAACUGUCUGAAAAUCACUUCAGCCACCCUAACAUUGAUAUCCCCCAAUGGGAAGGAAAAUUAGGAAUAAUAAAUUUAACAGAAAAGACUAAAAGUUACCUACCAAAAUUUAUUUUUCCCUGGAGUCUGUAGGCCGCACAAUAACAAAUGGGUUAAAGCUCCCUGGAUACAAUCACACAAAGUCAGGAGAAUAGAAUAAAUCAAUAAAGCCCUUAAGUUUUCCCCUAUUAAGCCGAUCACCAGACAAGGAGACAGUGGAUUUGUACUGUAGCAAUAAAAAGUUAUCAUAGGUGGGAGGCUUGUGCUGCCUAUGGACUCCGGGAAAGGAAAAUGUUGUUAAGUCUGUUCAUACUACCAUAGUAUAACAAUAAAUGUGACCUGAAGAGCAGAACCCUAAGAGGGUGGGACAGAUGACGCCAAUGAGAAGACUUUCAGCCUCUGUUGUUAGUAUCUAGCCUGUAAUGUGACAAAUGUGACAGUAAAUGACUUUACAGAAUUGACCCAAUGGAACAUUCUCCAGCUUAGCCUAGGAGAUGGCGAUGGAGCAAAAUCUUUUAAAUGUAACGGAGAGGAACAUUUAUAACAUUCUGUAUUGUGCUCCCGAUGCCCCCGGAUAAGGAAAGUUUUUGUUGUUUUUUUGAAGAGGGCCCCUUAAAGGGAUUGUGCCCCUUUUUUUUUAGAUAGAUAUAUAGAAAACACAGAAGGUAGCAGCACACCAGGUUGCAUGAAGGGUUGGGUGCAAUUCAGCAGGGGUCCCAAGGUCGCAGGACUCCAGAUGGUAUAGAAAUGCAAAGAAUACUGCAGCACUCCGGGGUAAAGGUGAAAAAACUGUGAAAGUAGUUUAUUCCAUCAGGGUGCACAAGGCAACGUUUCGGCUGCAGGCAUGCAGCCUUUUUCAAGCAAUUUACAAAGUGCAAUACAAGGAAUAUAAAUAUGGUGGAUGCAGUGACAUCACUGCUUACAUCAUUCAUUUACAUAAUUACCAUAACAAACACAAUACAUACAGAUAUCGCAUAAUCAAAACAGUGUGAAAGUGCCAAAGCAAUACAAUGUGGGAGAUGGCAGGACAUACAUACAGAAUAUAAGUAGCCUGGCAAAAGAAGUGUUGUGCAGUGUGAUAAUAAAAAGAUAAAAACUUACAGAGGCGGAGCGUUAUGGCGGACCCGGCAUGGUAUAUGGAAAGACGUCAGCCGCGCUGUCAUGAAAAGAUAUAUAUAUUUAUAAAAUUGUGAUGCAACAUUAGAUACAUUCAUUUGUGUUUGCUGUGUAUGUAAUGUAUUUUACAUUUUAUUAUGUAACGUUUGAAGCACCAAA